GCGGCGGAGGAGCACUUUACCUCACUGGGAACACGGGCUCGUAGUCUUGAGUGUGACAGUUCCAGAUCAUCUUAUAAAAAUGGCGGGAGCUAUCAUAGAGAAUAUGAGCACUAAGAAACUGGCUUUCUUGGCUUUCUUUAUUCUUGUUUUCCAAAUUCUUUCCAUCAUGGUUGGAGCAUUUAUUGCUCCCAAUCCAACCAGUGCCAUUCGCUACUUGGCUACCAAAUGCAUUAAUCGCCACAGGGCACGCGACUGGCUCGUGCCGUGGGGAUCAAAUCGCUGCCAGCAGGUCCGCAGUUUCGAUGAGCCUCUGGCCAAAAUGCUAGACGCCAACGACAUUGUUUUUGCUGUGCACAUACCUCUUCCCAACAAACAGAUGAGCCCCUGGUUUCAGUACAUGCUGGCUGUGCUGCAGUUCGACAUCGCAUUCAAAAUGAUCAAUCAGAUCGAAGAUGAUGUUACCAUCACUAUCGAUGCUGGCCUGGCCUACAGGGAUGAUUUAAAAUCUGAGUGGACCACAAAGUUUCACUCAGUGGAGCAAAGACCUCUCAGAUGCACGUUUGCAGUCCCCAAGACAUAUGAAAAUGAAGGCCGCUUUUAUCACUGUGACCCCGUGCCGUUCAUGGAACUGGGAAGUGUGGCGCACAAAUAUUUUUUGAUUAACCUGCGCUUGCCUGUGAAUGACACGGUGAACACCGGCAUUGGAGAAAUAAAGGACAUCCAAAUAGUGGGCAUCCACCAGAAUGGAGGCUUCACUAAAGUGUGGAUCAGCAUGAAGACUGCGUACAGUCCCUGGAUAUUUGGGGCGACGGUUUGGUACUGGCACCGGAUCGGCCUCAUGGCAAGACCUCCAGUCCUUUUGGAAAGGGUGAUUUUUGCUCUGGGUGUCUCCAUGACGCUCCUGAACGCACCCUUGGAGUGGCUCUCCCUGGGCUUUGAGUGGAAGUGGAUGCUGCUGUUUGAGGACGUUCAACAAGGCGUCUUCUACUCAACGCUCUUCUGUUUCUGGAUCAUCUUCUGUGGCGAACACCUCAUGGACCAAAGUCAGAGGAAUCGUCUGUCAGCGUACUGGUGGCAGGUCGGGCUGGUGGUGUUCUGCUCUUCUGUGCUCCUCAUAUUUGACCUGAGUGAAAGGGGGAUUCAUUUGGCCAACCCCUUCUACAGCGUUUGGGCGUCAGAAAUUAGGACAAAGGUUGCCAUUACCUUCAUUAUUGUGGCAGGGAUCUCUGUCAGUCUGUACUUUCUCUCCCUGUGUGCCAUGGUGCUUUGUGUGUUCAGGAACAUCGGUGGGAAAUUACAGCAGCUUCCUGCGAUGCCAGAGGCCAGAAGACUGCGUUAUAAGGGUAUCAUCUUCAGGUUCAAGUUUUUGAUGCUGGUGACUCUUGUAUGUGCAGCCAUGACUGUCGUCUCCUUUAUAUUAAAUCAAGUCAGUGAAGGCCACUGGCACUGCGGAGACUACACUCUCCAGGUCCACAGUGCUUUUCUCACGGGGGUGUUCGGCAUGUGGAACCUGUACGUCUUCACCAUCAUCUUCCUCUACGCUCCCUCCCACAAAUGCAACAGGAACAAGUCAGCAGACAGUCUACAAACAGAUACGCUGGUGAGGCCGGAAAGCCAAGAGAGCCGUCUGACGUGUGGAGCGCUGGGCCCGACAGAGACCUACAGGGUCACCGGGAAGGUGGCUGAAGAGUGACUGUCGGGAACAAGAUCGUUUAGAAAUAGAUUGUUGUUUCUGAGCAGGUAGCGUUACGUUUCUGUAAACUGUCGAGAAAAAAGUAACAUAUAAAUAGCAGUGAAGUCAGUGUGAUGUUAAACAUAGAUGUUAGGGCAAAGUGAAAGUUACAGGAAGAUGUAAAGCUGCUAGAAUAACACUGAAACCUCCACCUGGCCCCACCACACCUUGGGCCCUGAAUGCACCAUGCUCACUUUAUGUAACUGUUUGUUAAGAUGGGAAGAUUUAUUGCUAAUUAUAGCACACUAUAAACUUACAUAACAGCAACCUAAGUAUGAUGACAAAGAGGCGGAACAGAGGUUAAGAGGGCCCAUCAAUAAAACGUGUGCCCCCGGCGCUCCAAAACCUGAGUCUGCUACCAGAGACAGUGUUUCAUUUUAGAUUUUUGUCUUAAGCUUGGAGCAAAGUGAAAGACUGUGAGACAAUGAUGUCAUUGUAAACACUCCAACACAGUCAAACAUUUGUUUUUUUAUUGAUAUUUUGCUGUACAAUGUGUCACUAAUGGCUGUUGAAAUGUUUAAUUAAAGAGUUGUAAUUUUGGAGAAAUUUAAAGCAUUAUACAAAUAAAGUAACUUAGUGAUGGAGAAUCUCUUUUAAAAGGAUUAAGCAUCAGAUCCUUUUAAGAUUAAACCCACACACACUUCACAGACUUUGAAUUGUUUGGCUUGUUUAAACUUUGAGAGUUCAUUGUCACCUUUCUUACUGUUUCUCUGAUUAUAGAAACUUCAUAUGAAAUUGUAAAUAAUUACCAGCGUAACUCCACCGAGCUUUAAUCUGAGCGGAGGUCUGAUCAGCCAGAAUACCUGAAAUAAAAAAAAAACCCUGUGUGGCUCUGCAAGA